AUGCCGCUGACAGUCUCGAAGGUCUGCAAACAAGAGCUCUGCGACUCCGGACCCGCCAUCAUCCGUAAGGGCCACACCAACCCGGACUACGUCUUCAACGCACACGGCUCACACUUCCCAGCCCUUCACCACCGCCUGCUUCUCUGGACCUGCCCAGCCGAAUGCGACUAUACCUGCCAACACAUCAUCACCCAGAGACGCCUGGACCGCGAUCCACCCAUGCUCGAGCCCAUCGUGCAGUACCAUGGCAAAUGGCCCUUCCAUCGCUUUCUUGGCAUGCAGGAGCCUUUUUCCGUACUAUUCUCCCUAUUCAACUACCUCGCUCACCGCAAUGGGCUGAAGCGGUUGGCGGACAAAGUACCAGCCAGCUACUCGCUCAUGCCAUACUAUCAGAUGUUCGGGUAUUUCGGCCUGGCAAGCUGGAUCUUCAGCAUGAUCUUCCACACGCGAGACUUCAACCUCACUGAGAAGCUCGACUAUUUCGCAGCCGGCGCUCCGUGCUGUACGCAAUCACUCCUGCGCAUCUGGACCGCCACAUGCUGUAUACUCUACCUGGCUCAUGUCUCCUACCUGACUCUCUGGAGCUGGGACUACACUUAUAACAUGGCCGCCAACGUCGCAGUCGGCGUCGUGCAGAACUUGCUGUGGAGCUGGUUCUCAGUGACCCGCUAUAGGCGGUUACAGAAGACCUGGGCUGCGUGGCCUGGUCUCAUAGUAGCGUGGAUUAUCAUGGCGAUGAGUUUGGAGCUGUUUGACUUCCCACCGUGGGGCGGUAUGGUGGAUGCGCAUAGUCUUUGGCAUUUGGGAACGGUGAUCCCGACGGUUUGGUGGUACAGUUUUCUUAUUCGAGACGCACAAGAAGAUCUGGCUGGUGAGAGGCUGAAGCAGUGA